AUCUAAUUAUAUUUUUAAUGAACACGAUUGAGGAUAAUUUAGAUUUGGUUUUAAUGUUAUUAAAAAAUAUAUAUCAUGUGUAAUCUAUAAAAAUAAAAUAAAAAUAAAUAAAAUUGUUUAAAAUAUACCCUAGAAAAUAGUGAUGAAAUAUUUAUUGUAAAAAAGAUGGAAAUAAAAAAGGGUAAAAUAGAAUUUGUAAAUGGACCGUGUCCAAUAAUACCACGUAAACUUCCAGUUCAAAAUAUUAUAUUACGUUUACGACGUCGUGAAAUAAUUGGUUGUCAGUAUCCAGGUACACAAGUACUAACAAAACGUAAGUUUUAUCAAAACGUUUUUCCAAAUUAUACUGUUUUGAAUGCUGAAAAACCGCCGUGCUUUUUACGUAAGUUUAGUCCUGAUGGCAAAUACCUGUUGGCAUUUAGUUCUGAUUUAACGUCAAUUGAAAUUUAUAAGUACCAAGGGCCUUCAGCAGCAGCUGAAUUGCUUGUAGGCUGCAAAGGUGAAUUUAUUGGUCACAAAAAUGAUAAUGCAAGUUUUCAUAUACGCAAUAAUAUUUUUCACAAAUUUUUCAAGAAAAAAAGGGUAAUUAAUAUAAUCGACAGCGAUGAACGUCUUAAUAGAGAGUGUUGUUUAUUUACUGAUGACAGUAGAUAUGUAAUUGUUGGUUCAGUUCGUCAUAUUUCUGAUGAAUUGAGGCCACACUUUUAUCAGAUUUAUUCCAACAACGAAGCACUUGCACCUAAUCCAAUUUCACCACUUGAAGAUUAUUGCUUUUAUCUCGUUGAUAUUCAAACUGGACAAUUUUGUGAUUACAGACGUUUUGCUGCUGACAAAAUUUAUUUAUCUUACAAUCAAGGAGUUUAUUUGUAUAAAGAAAUUUUGGCCAUUCUAUCUAUUCAGCAUCAAACGAUUCAUAUAUUUCAAGUUAUUGAUGGGUUGUUUGUUGAUAUCAGAAAAAUAGGAAGAUUUUGUUUAGAAGAUGAAAGUUAUAUAGUCGCUUCGACUGCAUAUCCAGAUAUUAAUACAAGACCAUUCAAAGAUAAAAUAACGAAUACUUUGAAGCAUAAAUUAUUAGCACAUUUAUAUAAACGUGCUGCUAAUGUCAGUAAAACAACAGGUAGUCCAUAUGAAUUGCGACGUUUUUAUCAGUGCUUUGAUAAAUUAAAUUCCCUACGAAUGUGGAAGAUGCAAUUAUUGGAUAGAAAACAUAUACUGAUACGUUACGUCAGCGAAGAAGUAGCGACUCUACAAGUAAUUGAACCGCAUGUCCAUUCCGCGCUGUUCGUUGUCUACAAUAUGGUAUCUGCUAAAAUAAUUGGCGCUUAUGACAAUAACUCAUCAUAUAUGCGGACGUUAUUUGAAAAGUUUAGUGAUUCUUUUCGAAAUCCAGACACUCCGUACAUGCGCUCACCUCUUAAUAAUAUUUACCAGCGAUUAAUACAUCAACGAUAUAAGCAGCCAACUAAAAGACUCUUGUCCCAACUACCAAUUAGUGCUCAGUCUUAUUCAAGCUCACCGUAUCUCGACUUAUCUUUGUUUUAUUACGAUGAAAAAUUAAUGCAGAUGAUAGACAGACCUACAACUUGUGUUGGAAAUCCUGUACGAUUUUACGCAAGAGAUUCAGAGCUUUUGAGGUUUUGUAUGCGUUUUGGAGUUCUGGGAGAGAGAACAACUCCUGUGUAUGCACGAAGACUUGUCGCAUUAGCUUUUCAUCCGACUGAUCCAUUUGCUAUAUCGGUUCAACUUGUCAACACGGAAUACAUAACAAGUUUUCACAUUCGGCAUGUUUGAUACUUGAUAUGUAGUAAUUGUUAUUAUUUUAUAAAAUUAUUAGUUACGAAUCAAAUCGAAA